UGGAAGGGAAAAAGAAAGGUACAGAGUAGUGCGAUAUUUGUUAGAGAUUCUCAAAUCGGGUAUUUUGACUGAGUGAACUCACCGAGUUCUAGUCUAGAAAAGGCCGGUACUUAGACAAUGGUUCAGCUAAUGAGUUCCAAGAAAUCUUCAGUGAAGCUUGAAGUUGAGGAGUCGUUGGAGGAUCAACUCGGUCCUCUUCACAAACGCUCCAAACUCGAUUCGUCUUUGCAGUACUUCAAUUAUAGUGGAUGUUGAUUUCGGUGGCAGAUGAUACCGGCUGCUGCUCUUUGCAAUCCACUUGACGAGCCAAGCCCGCUUGGAUUGCGUCUCAAAAAGAGUCCUUCACUUUUGGAUUUAAUACAAAUGAAGCUUUCUCAACAGAACACUAUCAAGAAAGAUCACAAGGCUACUAGUAGUACGGCUACUGAUAAGCUUAAAGCCUCCAAUUUUCCCGCUUCGCUUUUGAAAAUUGGCAGCUGGGAGUAUAAGUCGAGGUAUGAAGGGGACUUGGUGGCGAAAUGUUAUUUUGCAAAGCACAAGCUAGUUUGGGAAGUGCUCGAUGGUGGUCUGAAGAAUAAGAUCGAAAUUCAAUGGUCGGAUAUUGUGGCUAUCAAGGCGAAUUUCCCUGAUGAUGGUCCUGAAACCUUGGACGUUGUGUUGGCUAGACAGCCCCUGUUCUUUAGGGAGACCAAUCCACAACCUAGGAAGCAUACUUUGUGGCAAACAACAUCAGAUUUUACUGGUGGACAAGCCAGCAUGCACAGGCGGCAUUUUCUGCAGUGCCAACAAGGGUUCUUAGGCAAGCAUUUUGAAAAACUUGUUCAGUGUGAUCCUCGUCUGAACUUUCUAAGUCAGCAGCCAGAAAUUUUGCUGGAAACUCCUUAUUUCGAGCUGAGAGGUCCUCCAUUUGGCGACUUGAAUGAAUCCGCUGAGGUGCUUGAUUCGAAGGCUGAGGACAGACCUUCUGUCUUUGCUUUAGGGGAUGCGGCAUCACCAUCAGGAGGCCUUUCUUCUUCCUUGAAUGAUGAGCACCAAGUUUUCAUUGGCAGGACUCCUGAAAGUUGUUCCCAGGAAACUCCUUCGCCUAGCACAGUGAUGGACAAUGAUGCAGUUGAAGAAAUCAGGAGUUUGAAAACCAGCAGGCAGAAGAUACCAAGCCAUUGGGAUCAAAUAAAGGUGCCUGGGAUUCAGCCAUCCAUGUCAAUGAGCGACCUAGUGAACCACCUUGGACAAUGCAUUUCAGAACAGAUAUCUGGAAAUCCUUAUAUUUCAAAUGGCGACCCGAUGAACAGAGAGAUUCUGGGGGAAAUUACCCAAUACUUGCUUAGUGACACGCAACUUACAUCUGCAUCAGACGAGCAGUGCCUCAUGUCAAGGGUCAAUUCUCUUUGUUGUUUACUGCAGAGAGAUCCUGGAUCAGCACUGAAUUUGCAGGCUAAGGGUUGCAUUGAUCUUGAAGCAGACGUUAAUGAGAGAAUUGAUGGAACUGAAUCCCUCAGCGCAGCGACCUGCCAGAAUAAAUUUGUGGAGGGUUUUCCAGUGUCCGAGGAUCAGUCUAAUAGCGUUUCCAGCUGCAAACAGCCACCGUCCAUGUCAAGGAAGGAUUCAGUUGGGGAGCUACUGCUUAAUCUCCCAAGGAUUGCCUCCCUCCCCCAAUUUUUGCAUAAUAUGUAGGGGAAGGUCCAGUGUGUUGCAUCAUUUUCAAGUGAUCGUGGACAGGACUUCUGUGGAUAUUAUGUUUUGCAGUGACUUUAAAUCGUAGAAGCUUGGGGAUUUUGAAAUUUUGUAUUGAUGAAGGAUCCUCGCAUGUUUAUUCCUGGAGUUUGGUGGUGCUUUCUUUAUACAGCUUUCUGUAGUCCCAACUCAUCGUAAUUAGACUCGAGCGUAUUGGGUUUUCAAUGUAGCAUCCGCCCUUUUGCCCCUCUAUUCUGAUAUUUUAAUAAUUCAGUUUGGCCACAAUAUUGCAAAUUUGCAGUAUUUAUUAAUUUA